CUGACUAUGGAAAGCCUCCUACUAUCUGUGUACAUUCUCACCUUCCUUAUUGGCCUACCUACUAACAUCCUAUCCCUGUGCAUCUUUUGCAUUAAAGUACACAACAAGCCCAUGCCCACUGACAUCCUGCUACUAAAUUUAACUGUGUCAGACUUGCUCUUCCUUUUAGUUUUGCCACUGAAGAUGUAUGAGGUAGCCUCACAUAUGAAGUGGUCCCUGCCCUAUUCCCUGUGCCCAGUCACUUACUUUGUGUUUUUUUCCACCAUCUACACAAGCUCUCUCCUGCUCAUGGCUGUCAGCGUGGACCGUUACUUGGGUGUAGCCUUCCCGGUGAGGUACAGACUGUUGAAAAAGCCACUGUAUGCUGCAGUUGCCUGUGUAGGGAUCUGGGUCAUCAGCUCUGCCCACUGUAGCAUUGUAUUCAUCGUAGAACAUCUUUCUUUGGGGAAUGAAACCUUGGACACCACUGUCUGUUAUGAGAACUUCACAGAGGAGCAGCUGAACAUCCUGCUUCCUGUACGCCUGGAGUCUUUUGUAGUGAUGUUCCUGGCUCCUCUUCUCAUAUGCACGUUUUGCUACUUGAGCUGUAUCCGCAUCCUCUCUGCUCAGUCCCGGAUCUGUCACAAAAAGAAGAAGAAAGCCAUUGGCAUGGCUUCGGGGACCCUCCUGGUUUUCGUGAUCUGCUUCCUCCCAUAUAAUUCUUCCCAUGUUUUUGGCUACGUGAACGGGAAAAGCCCACCCUGGAGGGACUACACAUUGCUCCUCAGCACAUUUAACACAUGCUUAGACCCAAUCAUAUUCUAUUUUUCCUCCUCUACUUUUCAGGAAAUGGUCAAGUAUUUUAUUCUCAAGAUUGCAGGAUUGAGAAGCCUCAUUCUCAGAUCAGGAAGGCUGUCAACCAUGACAACCAACACUGAAAACACCCAUCAGGAAAACUGA